GAGUUAUUGAAGACUCACCAGGCUGAAUGUAUGGUAUCACCUGCAAAUAGUUUUGGCUUGAUGGAUGGAGGGAUAGAUUAUUAUAUUUCCGAGUAUUAUGGCGGCGUAGAUGAACUUAUACCAAUAGUACAAAAGGAGAUAGAUUUGAAUUGGUGUGGUGAACAAAAUGUUGGUACCUGUUUGUUGGUGGAUGUCAAGGAUUUGAUAGAAAAGACGGGAGAUUCUACCGAUCAAAGUAGAAAAAAUCGCCCGCGCUAUAUCGCUCAUUGUCCUACGAUGAGAACACCCAAGGCUUUGGAUGUUAAUGAUGACAUUGUAUAUCGGUGUACUUGGUCUAUGUUAUGUGCUGUUAAAAAACAUAAUGCCAAAGUGCUCGCGGGAGAUAUCAGACACCGGCGCAUAAAUGCAGUUAUAUGUGCAGGAUUUGGGACUGGCGUCGGUGGGUAUCCAGAAAAACUUUGUGCCAAACAGAUGAUGUUGGCUGUUCGAAAUUUUGUUGAAGCUCCUGCGAACACUAAUCCUCGUCCAAAAGCUGAGUUUGAGGAAACAUGGGGGG